AUGGCUGAGCACCCUUCGGCAACCUCCUCGUCUGCUGCUCCUCCCCCUCAGGUGCAAGUGCAAGCUGCUGCUGAACCGGCGACCGAACUUUCCCCGGGUGCUCCUGCCUCGCCCCAUUCCCCGCCGGUUCACCUAGGCGAUACGGUGGGGAUAACGACGGCGUUGACGGCGACGAGCUCCGGGGAGCCGUCGCCGCGGUCCACUGGGAAGCACCCCUUCUACCGCGGCAUCCGGUGCAGAAACGGCAAGUGGGUCUCGGAGAUCCGCGAGCCGCGCAAGGCGCGCCGCAUAUGGCUCGGAACUUACCCGACGGCCGAGAUGGCUGCCGCGGCCUAUGACGUGGCCGCCCGCGCGCUGCGCGGCUCCGACGCCGUGCUCAAUUUCCCUGGCGCCACCGCCUCGCGCCCGGUCCCCGCGUCUGCCUCCCCCGAGGACAUACGCGCGGCCGCAGCCGCAGCCGCGGCGGCCGCCCAGCUUUACAGGCCGCACGGCGGCGAGGCGGCUGAUGGCACUGCUUCGACUGCCGCGACAGAGGAGCAGCAGAGACAUCACGGCACAAUAACAAGCGAAGAAGCCGCCGAUGACCGCACGCCGCACCAUCAGCUGGGCAAUGAGGACUUCAUGGACGAGGAGGCGAUCUUCGAGAUGCCGCAGAUGCUGCGCAACAUGGCGGCGGGCAUGAUGAUGAGCCCGCCAAGGCUGAGCCCCACCGCCUCCGACGAGUGGCCGGACCCGCCGGGGGCGGGGGAGAGCCUGUGGAGCUACCACGAUCCCUAUAGACAUAAAAAUAUUUGGCGGUGGAUAAAUUAA